AUGAGUUCUUUUAUUGACUAUGUUUGUCAAUACAGUGGCAAAAAUGAAUGGGUAUAUCAGUGGAAUCAAUAUAUACCUUCGUUUCCUGAUUGCGGGAGCGAAAUUCUAUUCCCCUUUCUCCUUGUUAUUUUCACACUUGUGGGACUAUUGCCGUAUACUGCUAUCCUAAUAUGUUCAAAAUCAAGUCACAGCCGUUUGAUUUCGUGCUUGUAUUUGGGCAAAUCGGGUCUGGUUUGCAUUUCUCUUCUUCUUAAUGCCGUUGGGAUCCUGUAUGUCGUAUUGGAAAUUCAAGAAUUCAGCUUAUAUUCGUUUUUUAGACCUGCUUUUAUAUCACUUUCACUCGUAUCAUUUAUCAUUGUUAUGCAUUAUGAACGUACACGAAAUACGCCAAAUUCUGGUGUAAGCUUUUACUAUUUAUUAUUGUUAAAUCUUGUUUGGAUUUGCUGUUGCUGGAAUCACACUGUUCACUACAUAAAGUAUUCACAGAAUUCUACAAUAUUGUUCACAACAAUCAAUCAUACCUUUGUUAUUCCUAAUAAUAACAAUACUACACUUCUUUUUAAUUCAACAAUACGAAACAAAGAGAAUUUCCUUAAUAUUUUAGAUUAUAUCAAUUUACUUAUCUCUUUUAUUAUUUUCAUAUUAAACUGUAAUUCAGAACGUCGUCAAUGUUUAAAAACUAAUAAAAUUAUCAAUAUAACAAAACUGAACCCAAAUAUAAUUACUGAUCAUGUUAAUAAUAAUAAUAAUACCAUCAAUCCAAAUGAUGAUAAAGAUCUUACAGAGCAUUUAACUAAUCAAAUAAAAGUGAAUGAUAGUGAUGAAAAUGUAGAAAUACAAAAUUCACAAGCAAAAUCUCCUGAAAAUGACUGUUCGUACUUGUCACGUAUAACCUACUCAUGGUUCACAAGUUUAAUCAUCAAAGGAUUUCGUAAACCUGUUGAAUUUAACGAUAUAUGGAGAUUAAAUUCACAGCAUUCUUCAGAGAAUGUAUCAAAGAUAUUCUUAACUAACUUGGACAAAUAUUUAAUACCGAAUAAAUCAACUAAUAAUUAUCUUGAAAAACGUCGUGCUUCUAUGGGAAAUAGUAUUCAUCAUGUUACUAAUGAUUCAUUAGAUAGUGAAUUUCGACGUAGAUCAGCACAAAGUAUACUUGGCUUUGGUAUUCCACAACAUAAUAAACAUUUAUAUAAAUCUGGUUUAACAAAUACCUAUCCAGAUGAUAUGAUUAUAAGAAGAGCUAGUGAAGGUAUUGCUUUAUUGAAUAAUGAUAAAACAUCACUUCAAAAUAAUAAUAAUAAUAACAAUAAUAAUAAUAUCCAUCCAGAAACUAAUUUAAACCCUAAAACUCAUCAAAAUGAAUCAUUACAAUCAAUUGAUAAUCAAAUGGAUUCAACAAAUCAUGAUUUACCAUCCAGUACUAUUAGAGGUCUUUCCAAAGAUCAACCAACACGUCGAUCCGUACGUAUACAUGUUGGUGCUAAACCAGAAUAUAUACCGGAAUUAUCCGAGAUAAAUACAGAUUCUCCAAGUUAUACACCGAUUAAUGAAAAUUCCGAGUUCUUUAUGAAAGAAAUUAAUAAUGACCAAUCAAAUAAUCAUAUAAUUAAAGGAAAAAUUGUUACUACAGAUGAUGAAUUAAAUAAAUCAAUCGAAAUAAAUGAUGUAACUACUACCAUUAUGAUGAAAUCAUCAUCAUCAUCAUCAUCAUCAUCAUCAAAUCUAUGUCAUUGUUUCUCUAUUAUUUGUAUUCAUAAAACAAAAUUUAGUUUAUUAUGUGCAUUAAUUAAAACUUAUGGUAAAACAUUAUUAUGGUCAGCAUUUUUAAAAUUUUUCUAUGAUAUAUUAGUAUUUGUUAAUCCAUUAUUAUUAAAGUUAUUAUUGAAUUUUCUACAAAAUACUCAAUCAGAACCAAUGUGGCAUGGUUAUUUAUACGCUAUAGCAAUAUUCAUUGAUACAUCUGUACAAUCAUUAAUAUUACAAAGUUACUUUCAUAUUGUAUUCAAACUUGGAAUGAAUAUUAAAACAGCAAUUACUGCAGCUGUAUACAGGAAAAGUCUACGAUUAAGUAAUAAAGCUAGGUAUCAAUCGACUACUGGACAGAUUAUGAAUUUAAUGUCAUCUGAUGCACAACAAUUUGUUCAAUUAAUGCCAUUUAUAAACAUUCUAUGGUCUGGACCAUUUCAAAUUACAAUUGCUAUGAUACUUCUAUGGAGAGAAUUAGGGCCUUCUGUAUUGGCUGGUGUCGGUGUUCUACUGUUACUUUUACCAAUCAAUGUUUUAGUGGCCCGUCGAUCAAAAAUCUUUCAAGAGAAGAAGUCUACAUGUGCAGAUAGUCGAAUAAAGUUUAUUAACGAACUGAUGAAUGGUAUACGAGUAUUAAAACUUUAUGCAUGGGAACCAUCAUUUAUAAAAGAAAUUGGUCUUAUUAGAGAUCAAGAAGUUAAAUAUUUACGAAAAUUCACAUAUCUUCAAUCGUUAUCAUUUUUAUGGCAUUGUACACCAUUUUUUGUUGCUAUUUCCAGUUUUGGUGUAUAUAUAUUAACAUCAGAUAAGAAUAUAUUAGAUGCACAAAAAGCUUUUGUUUCAUUAUCUUUAUUCAAUAUACUUCGUUUUCCAUUAUUUAUGUUUCCAAUGAUUAUAAGUAAUUUAGCACAAUGUUAUGUUUCUAUUGGUCGUUUGACUAAAUUUUUGGCUCAUACAGAACUUGAUAUGGAAUCUUAUUCAAAAGAGGAUACACCUGGUAUAGCUGCAGUAGUUGAACGUGGAGUAUUUGGUUGGGAUCCAGACGAAGAACCGACUUUAACAAAUAUUUCUAUUCAAUUCCCUGAAGGUCAAUUGACAACAAUUAUGGGUAGUGUAGGUUCAGGUAAAUCAAGUUUACUACAUGCAUUACUUGGUGAUAUGGAAAAUUUCAAUGGUCGAGUUAAUGUUAAAGGUACUGUAGCUUAUGUCCCACAACAACCAUGGAUAUUUAAUGCAACAUUACGUGAUAAUAUAUUAUUUCAUCAUUCAUAUGAACCAAUUAAAUAUCAACAAGUAUUACAUGCAUGUAAUUUAAUCCCAGAUCUUGAAAUAUUACCUAAUGGUGAUAUGACUGAAAUUGGUGAUAAAGGUAUUAAUUUAUCAGGUGGACAAAAACAACGUGUCAGCCUAGCUAGAGCAUGUUAUGCUGAUGCUGAUAUCUAUUUAUUAGAUGAUCCAUUGUCAGCUGUUGAUGCACAUGUUGGCUUACAUUUACUUAAAUAUGUAUUAAGUCGUUCUACUGGUUUGCUUGCUUCUAAAACAUGCAUCCUUACUACACAUAGUCCUAAAGCUUUACCAUUCUCUGAUCGUGUUGGUCUAAUGUCUGAUGGUCAAAUAAUUGAAUUGGGUAAUUAUCGACAAUUGAUACAUUCACAUACUAGUCGUUUAUCUGCAUUUUUAAUAACAGCUAUACGAGCUGAAUCAGAAGUUCAAUCAAAUUCAUCGAAAGAAUUGGUAGAUUGUUCACCGGAAAAUUUAACAAAAGAAUUCCUUGAACCAAAUUGUAUUCUACCUCUUGAAUCAUCUCCAGCAUCUGAACAUCAUCAUAAAAGUUCUUCAGAAACAUUGAGUAUAGAUAAUCAUAAUCUCGGACGAUCGAGUCUUACUUCAACAAGAUUAUCUCAAAGAUUCGACAAAUCAUCGAUCAUUGAAGUUAAUGACACUGAUGAUACCGUAAAAGAACAAGAGCAAAAAACGAUUCAACCAAUGAUUCAACCUGAAAAAGUUCUCACUGGUCGAAUUAAAUUUCAAGUCUUUUUAAUUUAUAUUAAAAAUAUUGGACUACUUUAUAGUUUAUUAGUAUUAUUAUUUUAUCCAUUAAAUCAUUUAUUAUCAUUGGGAACAAAUUUAUGGUUAGCUGAUUGGUCAAAUGAUGUAAAAAUCAAUCAAUAUAAUUCAUCUUUUAAUAUAUCUGAUCAAUUUUAUUCACAACGUAAUUAUAGAUUAUCAAUAUAUGCAUUAAUUGGUAUAUUACAAGUCUUAUUCGCAAUGUUAUCUAUAUAUACAUUGUCCAUCGGUCAUUUAGGAUGUGUUAUACGAUUACAUUGUCGAUUAUUAAGCUAUGUAUUACAUGCUCCAGCUACAUUUUUCGAUUUGGUUCCUCAUGGAAGAAUUGUAAAUCGUUUUUCACAAGAUAUUGCAACAUUGGAUAAUCCAGUAUUAGUUUCACUUAAUAGUACAUUAAAUUGUGUACUAACAUGUUUCUUAACUUUAUGCCUUGCUUGUACACUUAAUGUAUUUAUGAUUAUUCCUAUUUGUUUAUUAACAAUUAUCUAUUUAUAUAUACAGAAUUUAUAUGUGACUACAUCUAGACAAUUGAAACGUUUAGAAUCGAUUAGUUUAUCACCGAUAUUUUCACAUUUCUCAGAAACUUUAUCUGGUGUUGAUAGUAUCCGAGCAUAUAAAUUAACUGAAAUUUAUAAAACUAUUAGUGCAACUAGACAAGAUUUAAAUAAUUCCGCUGUUUAUGCUUCAAUUAUAUCACAAAGGUGGCUUGCAGUUUUAUUAGAACUUGUUGGUAAUUCAGUUAUUUUAGCUGUUGCUAUCCUGUCAGUUGUUGCUCAAGGUUAUUUAUCAGCUGGUUUCUCUGGUCUUGUUAUUACUUAUGCAUUAAAUUUAAAUCAAACAUUAAAUUGGCUUGUACGUAUGUUCUCAGAAUUAGAAACAAAUAUUGUUAGUAUAGAACGAAUACAUGAAUAUUCUUCAAUUGAACAAGAGGCACCAUGGGAAUUAGAUUGUAGUUAUUUACCAAGUAAUUGGCCUGAAGGUAAAAUUGAAUUCAUUAAUUAUGGUACAAAAUAUCGACCUGAAUUAAAUUUAGCUUUAAAAGCAAUUAAUUUUAAAGUAGACAAGGGUGAAAAAUUGGGUAUUGUUGGUCGUACUGGUUCGGGUAAAUCUUCUCUAGUACUUGGAUUAUUCCGUAUGCUUGAAGCAGCUGAAGGUCAAAUACUCAUUGAUGGUUUUGAUAUAUCAAAAAUUGGCUUACAUGAUUUAAGAAAUCGUUUAACAUUAAUACCUCAAGAUCCUGUCCUUUUCUCUGGCACAUUACGUUUUAAUUUGGAUCCAUUCAAUUAUUAUACAGAUGAAGCUAUUUGGCAUGCACUUGAAUUAGCUAAUUUAAAAUCAUUUAUAAAAGAUGCUAAUAAUAAUAAUGAUGCCAAUUUUGGUUUGGAUAUGAACAUCUCAGAAGGUGGUUCUAAUAUAAGUCUUGGUCAACGACAAUUAGUAUGUCUUGCAAGAGCUUUACUUCGGCAUACUUCAAUUCUUGUAUUAGAUGAAGCUACAGCUGCCAUAGAUAUGCAAACAGAUAAUUUAAUUCAAGAAACUAUUCGUCGAGAAUUUUCUUCUUGUACUGUAAUUACUAUUGCUCAUCGAUUAAAUACAGUUCUAGAUUAUGAUCGCAUUCUUGUCCUUGAAGACGGUCAAAUGAAAGAAUUAGAUAGUCCAAAAAUGUUAUUACAAAAUAAAAAUUCAAAAUUUUAUUCUUUAGCUAAAGAUGCACAUAUUGUCGAUUGA